AUGCCUAAGAGCCGGGCAGCUAAGAAGCAGAGAAUCAUGAAUCUGCAGCAGCAAGCGGGGAUGUUGAACCCUAUGAUGAUGAACCCCCUUCUCUUGCAGAACAUGAUGAUGAACCCUAUGAAUCAGAUGCUGAUGCCGAAUGCCAUGAUGAACCCUGAGAAUCAAGCGGCAGACAGUUCUGAGUCGGGCGAUGAUGGACCGGCUCCACCCAAGGCUUCCUCAGCAGCAGGAUCCGCAGGGGAUGCACUUGCUUUGCCUGCAGCGGAAGGGGCUCAUGUGGACUUUGCCCAGAGGGCUUUGCAGGUGCUUGCCGAUCGAAGGGCUGAGCUUUACAGAUCCACCGGUGCUCCUGACAGGGCUUUGCCCCGGAAUGCUACUCUGCUGAGGGCGCUGCCGAAGGCAAUGGGUUCAAAGAUUCAAUUGCGAGUUGACUUUGUUUGUUUAUUCGUGUGGACGCAUAAGCGACUCUCCGAAGCUUUGGAAGCCAUCGACGAGGCUCUGGAUCCCACACUGUGUGGGGACUUGAGCCAACAUGGGCUGUGCAAAGUGCUUUGGCUGGUCACACGUCAGAAGCCAAACCUGCAAAUUUCUCGACUUCGUUGCGACGACUAUGGCAUGCUGAACACCAGGAUGAACAAGGUUCACAAGAAGAUCAUGAACAUUAGUCAAGAGGCCCAGCAAGCUAUGACUGCUCUCAAGAACGAGAUGCUCUUGACAGAUGCAUUUGUCAAUGCGUUGGCAGAAGCUCAAGGAUUCGAUGAGGAGUGGCUUGUGGACGAGGUUCAUCCCAAAGGCCGUGGCCGAAGCGCCAAGGCCGUGGCCGCCGCAAGAGAGGCUGAUUUGGCACGCAAUCAGCGAAUUCCUGACAUGAUGAAAGCUUCUGCUCCAGUGCAACCACCGCCAGCACCACCUGGCCCUGUCUCUGUGCCUCCCCCCGUUGUGGUGCCAAGGGCGGCUGUGCCGGCAGCGCCUCCUGCUCCAAAGGCAGUGGGGACACCAGGUGCUCCAGGAGGAGUGGGAGCCAGUGCCAAGGCACCUCCAGCGCAGCCAACAGGUUUUCGACCCAUUCCCAAGGCGAUGCUUCGCCAACCAGUUGCUCCGCCUGCUUCUGUGCUUGGCCCGUUGGCUUCGGUAGCUGCUGAGACUGCAGCUGUUUCUGGAGAAGUCGGUGUUGAGAACGGGCCCACGGUUGCUGAGUUGGAACGUGAACUGGAGAAUGUUCUUGAGGACGUGGUCGGUGCUGAAGAGGAGCAUGGUGCAGAUGAUGGUCCGGUGACCCCAAAUGCAACUUCGGGCAGUGGUGCUGCUGAAGAAGUGGCAGAGGAUCAUGUUGGUUCUGGCCCUCAGGUUGAUGGGGAGGUGGAGGGCGAGACUCGUCCUGCUGAUGCUCCCUCUGGCGAAGAGAACAUUUGCACGAUUUGUCGUUUCCCUUUGGUGCAAGAGGGGCCUACGGCUCCGAAGGUGCAAAUGCUGAUGUGUGGUCAUGCGCAUCAUCUUCCGUGCUUGGAGCGAGCCUGGUCCGUGGGGGGGCAUCCUCAGGGAUGGUGCCCAUUCAAAUGCGAUGUCACCAACAUUGUGAUCCCAGAUGAUCCUGCUGCUGGUGGCUCGAGCUCGACUGCAGCCAGUGCCAGCGCGUUGGUCGUUGGUGGCAUGGUGUUGUGA